AUGGUAUCGAUCAAGUGUCUUCUCCCGCUCGCGGGGCUCAUUGUUGCGGCCCUCUCCGCCGAAAUUGCUCGCUUCGAUCCGGGCCUGGCUACCAUGACAGCCCUGCCCCGAGAUGUCAUGGUUAACCCCUUCGAAGCCGAGCCGACGCCGCCCCCGCAUGGGCGGUUCGCAGUCAUGGCCUUGAAGAGACAAAUCAGUCCUACCUGCGGGUAUUUCGAGACCGAUGGCUCGCCUUGGGUGUGCGAAACGACUCAAACCUGUGCCACCAACGGAAGAUACUUCGGCUGCAGGCGAGGCUCCAUACCCGCCACUGCCUGCAGAGAAUACACGGAUCCCGUUUGCUCUCAGAGCAGCCAGGGUAUCGCUCUUGGGUAUGCUCGGCUCACACGAGUUCCAACCAGCAACUUUGACAUUGCAUAUCCCUUUUGCAUGACGGGCUUAAAACUCCUGGGCCGCGAUACCGUAUCGACUCUCACCGGCUUCCUGUGCGCGAAUAAUAGAUUCAGGGGUAGCCGGUAUAUCUUGGUGGACCCCCCCAUUACGACGACCACUAGUGCAACCCCUUUAAUCACCAGCACAACCACUGUAUCCCCCAGUCCUAACAGUACCCCACCUACCGGGCCCUCAGCUACUCCAACUGAGACUACUUCUCCGGUGCCAUCGGGCCCGCCUGUUGGCGCGAUCGUGGGCGGAGUCGUCGGUGGGGUCGCCCUCCUGGGCGCCAUCAUCACAGCCGUGAUCUGGAUGCUAGCUCGCAAACGCCAGAAGGGCAGAAACAACAACAGCAACGGUAACCCCGAUGGAAUGGCACCCGGCGUGAGCCAGCACUUCCCCCACAACGGGAUGGGCUACUCCGGAGCCCCGAUGGAAGCACAACUCUCUAGACAGACCACCGGAUUCGACGCGUCCAAGGGCAACUACCAAUCCACCGUCACCCCGGCGGGGGUCGGGCAAAGUAUCCAACACCACCAUGGCUACUCCCACCCCAUGCCCGCACCUUCAAUCAUGUCGACGAGUACGGCUGGACCGUAUCAGCCGCCCGUCUCGGCGAUACCGCAAAGCCCCGAGGCUGCCCCAAUGUACAACGCAGUCCACAACGGCCAUGCCAUGCAGUACACGUCCGAGGUGCCUGCUAUCAACAAAGCCGGCACCGGCAACAAUGCCUCAGAGCUUCCAUCUCCGAAUUAUAGGUGA